UUAAGCAAACAAAAAAAUACUUAAUUAAGAAGGCACAAUGGUGGGCAUGGAUAUGGGGAUGUCAAUGAAAGCCGGAAGCUCCGGUUACCUGGAGAUGCACCCCGACCGGAGAAUCGCCAUUUUCCAAAACACUUACAUCCUUGGAAUCACAUUCGCCGCUGGCAUUGGUGGUCUUCUUUUCGGCUACGACACCGGUGUGAUAUCAGGUGCCCUUCUAUAUAUCAAAGAGGAUUUUGAGAUGGUCAAGAAUAGCAGUUUUGUUCAGGAAUUAAUAGUUGGAAUGGCCUUGGUUGGUGCAAUUUUUGGCGCCGCUGUUGGUGGUGUGAUUAAUGAUGCAUUGGGACGUAAGACUGCCACUAUUAUUGCAGACUUGAACUUCAUGGCUGGUUCAAUUAUAAUGGCUGCUGCACCAAAUCCAUAUGUUAUCAUAGCUGGUCGUUUUCUGGUAGGACUAGGAGUUGGUUUUGCCUCUGUCACUGCUCCUGUGUACAUUGCAGAAGCAUCACCAUCUGAAAUCAGAGGAGGAUUAGUCAGUGCCAAUACUCUUAUGAUCACUGGUGGACAAUUUCUCUCCUUUGUCAUCAAUUAUGGCUUGACAAGAGUUCCUGGGACAUGGAGAUGGAUGCUUGGACUUGCAGGUACACCAGCUCUCAUCCAGUUUCUUCUCAUGUCCUUUCUCCCUGAGUCCCCUAGAUGGCUUUAUAUGAAGAAUAGGAAAGAAGAAGCUAUCCGUGUGCUUUCCAAGAUUUACUCAUCACCCCGCUUGGAAGAUGAGAUUGAAAUUCUUGAAGAUCACCUAGAGCAAGAAAGAAAAAGUGAGGUGAAAGUGAAGUACAGUGAUGUUUUCAGGAUGAAAGAAAUCAGAAUGGCAUUCACUUGUGGGGCUGGACUUCAGGCUUUCCAGCAGUUUACUGGUAUCAGCAUUGUGAUGUACUACAGUCCCACAAUCAUACAGAUGGCAGGCUUCAAAUCAAACCAAGCAGCUCUUUUCCUGUCCCUGAUUGUUUCUGGCAUGAAUGCUGCUGGCACAGUUCUUGGCAUUUACCUCAUUGAUGCUUUGGGGAGGAAAAAAUUGGCUCUUGGUAGCUUAUCAGGUGUGGUUGCGGCCUUGGGGGUCCUCUCCACAGCAUGCUAUAUGAUGGGACAUGGUAACACAAAUCCAACACUUGGGUGGAUUGCAGUUUUGGGUUUGGCUCUGUACAUUGCUUUCUUUGCACCAGGAAUGGGUCCUGUGCCUUGGACUGUGAACUCAGAGAUUUAUCCUCAAGAGUAUAGGGGUAUUUGUGGUGGCAUGUCAGCAACAGUGAACUGGAUUUGCAGUGUGAUAAUGUCUACAAGCUUCCUUUCAGUUGUUGAUGCUAUAGGGCUUGGUGAGAGUUUCAUGAUUCUUUUGGUAAUAGCAGUGAUCACAAUUGGUUUUGUAGUUAUCUUCAUGCCAGAGACCAAAGGGUUGACGUUUGAGGAAGUGGCAAACAUUUGGAAGGUGAAAGCAUAUGGGAAAGAUAGUCAAAGAGCUAGCAACUUAAUUUGAGUAUGUUCAAAGAGUAGCAGUUUCUUCACAAAUUUGUCCUCCAUAUAUAAGUGUGGUUCCCUAAAUGGAGCUUCUUCUCUGUUGAAUGAGUGAGAGGUGAAGAGUGACCCAUGCUCCAAGUCUUUAAAUUUUUUCUUAUAAGCCUUGGAACUUUAUCUUUAGUACGGGGACUGUCUAACUUAAUUACCCUAAGGGUUAAACAAUUUACUUACCCCAGGGGCUGUCUAA